GUCACAAAGAUGUCUACACGGAACUGCCAGGGAAUGGACUCAGUGAUCAAGCACCUGGACAUAAUUCCUGAGGAUAAAAAAGUCCGGGUCCAGAGGACGCAGAGCACUUUUGACCCGUUUGAGAAACCGACUAAUCAAGUAAAGAGGGUGCAUUCUGAGAACAAUGCUUGCAUUAACUUUAAGACCUCCUCCGCUGGCAAAGAGUCGCCUAAAGUUAGGCGGCAUUCUAGCCCUAGCUCGCCAACAAGUCCCAAAUUUGGCAAAGCUGACUCCUACGAAAAACUGGAAAAAUUAGGGGAAGGAUCUUACGCUACCGUUUACAAAGGGAAAAGCAAGGUGAAUGGAAAGUUGGUAGCCUUGAAAGUGAUCAGGCUGCAGGAGGAAGAGGGGACACCUUUCACGGCCAUCAGGGAAGCUUCUCUGUUAAAAGGACUAAAACAUGCUAACAUAGUGCUACUUCAUGACAUCAUCCAUACCAAGGAAACGCUGACUCUUGUCUUUGAGUAUGUGCACACUGAUUUAUGCCAGUACAUGGACAAGCACCCCGGGGGGCUCCAUCCAGAUAAUGUGAAGUUGUUUUUAUUUCAGUUGCUGCGAGGGCUGUCUUACAUCCACCAGCGUUAUAUUUUGCACAGAGACCUGAAACCCCAGAAUCUUCUGAUCAGUGACACGGGGGAGUUAAAGCUGGCAGAUUUCGGUCUUGCCAGAGCAAAGUCCGUCCCCAGCCACACGUAUUCCAACGAAGUGGUUACCUUGUGGUACAGACCUCCUGAUGUUCUCCUGGGCUCUACGGAAUACUCCACCUGCCUUGACAUGUGGGGAGUCGGCUGCAUCUUUGUAGAGAUGAUACAAGGUGUUGCUGCUUUUCCAGGCAUGAAAGACAUUCAGGAUCAACUUGAACGAAUAUUUCUGGUUCUCGGAACACCAAAUGAGGACACGUGGCCCGGGGUACAUUCUUUACCACAUUUUAAGCCAGAACGCUUUACCCUGUACAGCUCUAAAAACCUUAGACAAGCAUGGAAUAAGCUCAGCUAUGUGAAUCAUGCAGAGGAUCUGGCCUCCAAGCUCCUACAGUGUUCCCCAAAGAACAGACUGUCUGCACAGGCUGCCCUGAGCCACGAGUAUUUCAGUGACCUGCCCCCGCGGCUAUGGGAACUGACUGAUAUGUCUUCUAUUUUUACCGUCCCAAAUGUGAGAUUGCAACCGGAAGCUGGUGAGAGCAUGCGGGCCUUUGGGAAAAACAAUAGUUAUGGCAAAGUCUAUCAAACAGCAAGCACUGACAAGCACAGUAUUCUCAAGAGAGCACAGGAUUAAGUUGUCAUCAUUCUGGGAAGAAAAAAAAAAAUUAAUGAAGUGGCCAAUAAUGCAGAGAGAAUCAUGGAUCGGUUUCCUUUUGCUCCCUGUGGUGGAUUUCACUUACAAGAAAAUUGAAGCUGGCAAGACCCUGUUUUCUCUGCAAUUUAUUUAAAACCUUGCACGCAUUUGGAUACCUUGUGAUUUCCAAGAACUAUGUGAAGAUUAAGCUUUGCUUACUGAUACAUGGCAUGUAUUCUUUUCA